AUGCUAUUUGGAUCUUUCCGGCAUUCCGUUCUCCGAUGGGCGGCUGAAUCAGGGAAUUUCCCGGGAAAUUAUUAUUCCGUCGGCGGCGCUGUGUUAUUCUCUUCUUUAACUCGUUUCUGGCUCUCUGGCAAGUGCAACCGGAACCACUGUAGGUUUCUCCACCCGGGUUUACCCAAACUACAGCCUUCUUCCAGUGAGGAUCACCGCAGGAAUAAGUUCACUUACUCUCUGAAGAAUGAUGCCAGCGUAUUUGGAGUUAAUGAUGUCACCAUGAACCCGAAGCAGGUUUUGAUUGCUGAUGAAAAAUCCAGCCCUGUUCUUAAAAGUAAGAAUGAGCUUAUGAAUGCCAGUGUUGUUCCAUCAUCUGUUACCGAACAUAAAAGUGGAAGAAUCAUAACACUCAAGAAGAGAUCAGCGAGCCCUAAAGUUGAUGAAAAUCAUGUGAAUCACAAAAAGGUGUUGACUCUUCAGAGAUCUAGCCCUGUAGUUCUUCAAAGUAAAAAUGUAACUGCUCCAUCAUCCAACGUUGCUUUGAAGUCUGAAGCUAAAAGUGCCGUGGAAAAGGUGUUGGCCGAUGAGAGAAUUGGCCCUGUUGUUCAAAGCAAAAGUGUAAAAGUUCCAUAA